AUGGCACCGGCACCGUCACCCGCGCUGGCACUCCUCCUCAGCCUGCUCUGUGCCACCCCAGAUCUGGGUGUCCCCCCCCUACAGCUGGAUGCCCCCACCAAACUGCGUGCCCCCCCCCGCAAAGCUGGGCCGGGGUGGGGAUGCCGGGUGCUGACGGCAGCCGCAGGGCUGGGGGUGCUGGGGGGGCAUUGUGGGGUGCCCCCCCACGCCUGGUGCCAGAGCUGGGAGACGGCGCUGCGCUGCGGGGCCCUGGAGCACUGCGCCCGCCAUGCCUGGGCACCUCCCGCCACGGACGUGUGCGCCGACUGCCAGCAGAUCGUCACCCUACUCACCCGCAUGGCCAACGAGUCGGCCACCAAGGCGGCCGUGGAGGGGUUCCUGCGGCGGGAGUGCGCGGCGCUGCCGGUGCCCAGCAUGGUGCCACCCUGCCAGAACCUGGUGCACGAGUACUUCAGCCUCCUCCUCAUUGACCUCGAGGGGCACCUCAAGCCUUCAGCCAUCUGUGCCCGCCUGGAGCUGUGCCCGGGCGAGCCGGGGGGUGCCCCGGCCAUGCCCCCCCUCGGGGCACUCAGCACCCGCCUGCAGGUUGCCGCCGGCAAGGCCCUGCCCAUACCACUGCCGCUGUGCUGGCUGUGCCGCACCUUCCUGGCCCGCGCCGAGGCCGCCAUCCCCAAGGAGGCGGUGGCGGAGGCGGCGACGAAGCUGUGCCGGGUGCUGCCGGUGGUGGUGGUGGGCGCGUGCCAGUGCCUGGUGCAGCGGUACGGGGUGCUGCUGGUGGAGGGGGUGCUGGGGCGCCUGGCCCCCCGCCUGCUCUGUCGCCUGCUCCUCACCUGCGGCCCCGAGGACGGUUACGCCCCGUCGUCACCUCCCCGGCAGCCCCUCGGGGCCGCCGCGGCCCCGCCAGCUGCUUGUGCCGGCACCGAGGACCUGGGACCGGGCCACCCCCUCCCCACGCUGUCCCCAAACCCGGGACCCUGUGCCCUGGGCCCGACCUACUGGUGCUCCAGCCCCGAGGCCGCCCGCCGCUGCCAGGCCCUGCAGCACUGCCAGCAGCACGUCUGGGUGUAGAAGUGGGGGGGGCACAAGGAGCCACCUUGCCCUGUGUCUCUCAGCCCCAACCCCCAAAUAAAGCUUGGAUACCGCCCUGCC